CCAGCUACUUGCAUUCUUCUCAAACUCACCACUAGUUCUUCUUUUUUGAGUGCACGAAUGUAAAAUUGUUGUAAUGACCAAUCAUAAAUUACACAAGCUGUGAUGAAUGUGUAAUCCUAUGAAUAUAUUGAUUCUGAGCAAUUACUCAUAAUUUGCAGUGCUGCAGAUUUGUAAGUAUGGCCAUCUCGAUCGCCAUCCUGGACUGUGAUCUGCUGCUCCACGGACGAGGGCAGAAGACCAUGGACCGAUUCGACCUGGAUUCUGUGUCUGAUCACUUUCUAAUCACACAUUUUGGCUUUCCCAAGACAUUCAUACUGUAUUUGGUGGCGCUAUUAAGAGAAAGCCUUUCACGUCGUACUCAGAGAUCCAGAGCGAUCAGUCCCGAGGUGCAGGUUAUGGCCGCGUUAGGGUUUUACACUUCGGGUUCAUAUCAGACCUCAAUGGGCGACACGAUCGGGAUCAGCCAGGCCUCUAUGUCCAGAUGUGUGUCCAAUGUGACCAAAGCACUGGUGGAAAAGGCUCCUCACUUCAUCUCUUUUUUCAGAGAUGAGUCCAGCAAAGAGCAGUCCUUGGAGAUGUUUGAGAGAGUGGCUGGUUUUCCUGGUGUCAUCGGGGUCCUCGAUUUUGUUCAGGUGGCAAUCAAAGCUCCAAACAGUGAGGACCAGUCGUAUGUGAAUAAGAAAGGGCUCCACUCGGUCGGGGUGCAGCUGGUGUGUGACUCCAGGGGGCUGCUCCUCAGUGCAGAGACGCACUGGCCCGGAGCUCUGAGGGACUUCGAUGUGCUGCAACGAUCAGCACUCUACAAAACUAUGGAGGAUCUAGACCAGGGGUGGCUGCUCGGUGACAGCAGAUACCCUUUGAGGAAGUGGUUGAUGACUCCAGUAGAUUACCCAGAAUGCCCUGCAGAUUUCCGGUACAAUCUGUCCCACACCACAACGCACGAGAUCGUCGACCGGACCUUCAGAGCCAUACAGACACGCUUUAAGUGUCUGGACAGCAGCAAGGGAUAUCUACAGUAUUCACCAGAGAGAAGCUCCUCUAUUAUAUUGGCCUGUUGUGUUUUACAUAACGCGUCACUUCAGUCUGGACUCGAUGCUUGGACUUUAGAAAGAACUGACCCUCGAGAGCCCCCCGAAAGAGUCCAGGAAAACCUAGAGGACAGAGACCACAAAGCCUACGAGAUACGAAAGGAAAUUAUACUUAAACAUUUUAGCUAAAAAUGGUUAUUAUUUGGACAAGAACUGAACUGCUGAACAAGUAAUCAGUAUUAGAAUGCACAUUGUAAAGUACGCAAGGAGGAUUCACUUUUCAGAGAAGACUGAAAUCUGAACUGCUAAACUAAUCCAAGAAUCCCAUGUAUUUUAGAACAUGUUUGUAGAUGUCAAAACUACAGCGUUAACAGCUUUUAUACAGAAUAAGACCCCAUGGAGACACAGGGACAUUUUGCUCUGAAAGAAGAUGUUAUAUUAUAUUAAAGGUAUAGUAUGGAACUUUUUGGAGGUACCACGUCACCUGCAUGAUUCCAUGAAAACAGAAACUUAAAACCAUACUUUGGAACGUUCUCCAUGGAAAUAGAUGUUUUAUGGCAUAGUGUGGACUAGUAUAGCCAAAGGAACAACAUUUCCAUGGAAACAAGCAGGUCAAGUAAGAGUCUGGUUUGUGGAGAUGCAAGCCCGCUCACAGUAAGGACAUGUGUUUUUUCAGUUUUUCAGUGCAAUUAACACAACCAAAAUAAAAAAAAAAGAAACAUGCUUUUAUAGUCAAUUUCUGACUAAAACAAACUGGGGCUUACAAUAAUUGAAGCUUUUAAAAUGACCUAACUACAACUAUUCAAAUGUGGCUCAAAGUGUUUUCAGUUGUGAGUAAUUUUGAU